CGCAAUUUCAGACCAGCACAUAACUCAAAACAUGAGCUAUACGGGCAAAAGGAUUUAUAGUCAAUUGAUCAUCUAUGGAUACAAUGCAAAUCUCCAAUUCCUACUACCAUGAGUCCUUUUCCAGCCCAAUGACUGGUUGUCAGGAACAUUUACAUUGUACUCCUAUACCAGACGUUCACGUGAUUCCACAUUCACUCAAAAGCCAUGAGCCUCUCUUCGUCUGAGCUGUGCACCUCCAUCUUACUCUCCCCAGCCUUGGGGCCAUCAACCUCGCCAAGAUGUUCCAGUGGGCGUCACGCUGUCUUCCUGGAUUCAGCAUCAUUGCCUUGGUAUUCCUGCUAGUCUUUACAUCUAACUCAAUUCCCUUUUGGUCAUGGAACUCACUUUGGCCUCCUGCCAAAGGGCCUUCACCUCCCUCAACGGGGGAUAAUCCAGUUCUCAAUGUUGCACAGAAGAUCUUCAUAGUUUACACGGUCCUCGUCCACACGAACAUGCUUUGGUUCGCUGCUCGUCUGUCUUGGUCUCUCUGGUAUGUCACUAGACAGACUAAACAGGUUCUGGGCAGACGCUGGAAAGCAAACCAGGAGGACUUUGUCGAUGAUCCCCCUCCGUCUUCUCACAAACUACCUGAUCCGUCCGUUUUCAAAUUCAACAACCCCGAUGUGUACGAGGUGAAUGACCAUGAGGUGAUUCAUGCUGUUAUAUUGCCUAACUAUGGGGAGGAUCUCCAUACGCUCAAGACUACUUUGAACGUUCUUGCUAGUCAUCCACGAGCUCGUUCGCAGUAUGAGAUCUAUCUCGCAAUGGAGGAGAAAGAAAUAGAUGCCGUGGAAAAAUCUCAAAAACUCAUCUCAAAGUUUGAAAAGUCCUUCCUCCACGUUCGAAGCACGUUCCACCCCGCAGGAUUACAAGGAGAGAUUGCAGGCAAGAGCUCGAAUGUCGCCUUUGCAGCUCGUCAGAUCGUCCACGUCCACCGUGCAGAACUCAGGACUGGCUCUUGCAAUGUCAUGAUUACUGUGAUGGAUGCCGAUACGCAUCUAUGGCAGGACUACUUCACCGAGAUUCGUCGUCUCCAUUACGCUCAUCUCACAGAUGACGCAGACCGUACCCUCUACUCCUGCCCGAUUAUCUUCGACCGCAACUCUCAUGAAAGCCCCAUACUAGUCCGCUGUGCAGACCUCCUCUGGGGCUUUGCUGGUCUCUCGACCAUGUACCCAGGCACGAGCAUCUCGAUUCCUACGUCCGUGUACUCGUUACCACUCUCUCUUGCUGAGAAGGUUGGAGGCUGGGACAGUGACCCAACAGCUAUCGGCGAGGAUAUGCACAUGAUGCUCAAAUGCUAUUUUGAAACCGCUGGCAAUCUGCUCACACGCGUGGUCUACGUCCCCGCUAGCCAGUGUAACGUGUCUGGUGAUACAGCCAGCGAUCGAAAAAUACCCAAGUACCGUCGAACCCUCGAUACCUGCCACGCCCGGUAUCGUCAAGCCCUAAGGCAUAUGUGGGGAGCGCUAGACUCUGGCUUUGCGACCCGUCGUACUUUGACCUACCUUCGUUUACACAGCAGAUGUCUCUUCCUCCGUCCUAGGCACCUGGCUCUCCUCCACCUGCUCUGGGAAGCACAUUUCCUCCCUGUGCACCUGAUGAUCCUCAUGGUGUUCUCGACCGUUUAUGAGUUUACUUCUUCGUCACUGCACCCCAACAUGCAUCUCGCUCUAUCUGUCACCAACAUUCUCCGCACAACCUCCUUCAUCUGGAUGAACCUGUGCCUCGCCCUAUACGAGCGGUGGUACGAUUUCUGUCUCCACACGAGGAAGGAAGACAUGCUGCAAGCGAACGUGAACGAUACGGGCUUUGCCAUGCGUGUCUGGUGGUACUUGCCAUUUCUCCUCGAGAGAAUCUGCUUCCCCAUUGCUGGAACAAUAUUCGGAGCUAUCCCGACGUUGCAUGCUGUCUUUUCGCAUUUCUGGACGGAUCGGUUGGUGUAUAGGGUUAGUAAGAAACCGGACUUUACGUCUCUGGUUUGAUGGUGGUAUACGGGAUUUAUGAGUUAUGAUUUAUUGUCUGUUGUCCGCGUUCAUAUCUGCUCAUGUUUUCAAUUUGCCAUGUCCGAUAUAUGUAUGUAUGUACGAGUACCGCGUCUAAUACCUAAUACGUAGAUAUAAUGCAAUCAUGCAGCACUAUGUCUAUAAGAGUAAUGCCACCCCUCCUUCUUGAUAUCCUCUCUAACCUUAUAAUUCUCCUCUGCAAUCCUCACCAGCCCCAUAUCCAUAUCCACAACCCUCACCCCUUCCUUAUUUCCCAUAUCCGCAACAACACCGACAACCGGCAACACAACCCUCGACAACCCGAAAUACCGAUCCCCUGGGCCCCCAGCAACAUUAGCAAAGAUAACCCCGCAGGUAUUCUCAAAAGUCCGCGCCGUAAGCGUCGACUCGAGGAAUAGCUCUUCAGACGAACGGUUGUAUUGCAAUGCCUCGGACGACGCAUCAUACCGACUCC